AUGUUCGAUGACGCACCUCCAACCUCGGAGCCAUCGGCCUCGGUUCAAUCUCCAGUCAAGUCCAAAGAUGAAGGCUACUUUCAAUGUGGUUUCUGCAAGCGACAUUACAACAGAGCCGAUCACCUCAUCCGACAUGUUCGAUCGCACACCCGGGAAAAACCUUAUGUUUGUGAUAUUUGCGACAAAGGGUUUGCGCGACCUGACCUACUGAAACGACAUGCGACUGGUCAUGCUCACGACCGAGACCGCAAGCGCAAAAGAAUCUCGUCAUUCUCAAAACAAGGCCGUGUUUCCCAGGCUUGCAAAGCAUGUGCUUCCUCCAAGUUGAAAUGCGACGAGGAGAAGCCCUGUCGAAGAUGUCAAGAGCGGCAAUUGCACUGCGAUUGGCAGGAGAUCAUGGCGGGCUCGUCGCCCGAACCCCUGAAGCACAAUGCCGAAGGUGCGGCAGGUACAACAGACGCUGUGGCUAGCCUUCCACCCCUUGCGCUCCCUAGUCUUGCAUUGGCAUCGGCUUCUUCGGUACCAUAUCCACCUAUAAUUACUCCCGUGACCGAAAAUCCCUUGAAGCGAAGAAGCAGCACCAUGCAGUUGACUCCUCAAGCGUCGAUUCCAGAAUCAUGCACCUCAAUCAAGGCCCAAUGGAAUAUGGAGAGUGGCAUCUUCAGCGUCGAUGGCACCUUCUUUCCGAAUUUUAUUCCCGAUUCCCUGAUCACAUCGCUCAGUCGACAUAACGACCCAUUUGACCCGUCCAAUUUCAUGCCCGAUUUUACACAUUAUGGAGCCAUGGAGAUUCCUGCCCUUGACUUCAAUUUGACCGAUGGCGACUUUGGUCUGAUCGACUUGUAUAAUUCACGCAGCUUUCUGCCAGGGGUCUUGGAGAUGGAUGGUCAGGACCGAUUCGACGUCGACAGCGGCAUAGGCAUCGGCGCGGAGGCCUUCAAUCGGUCAUCAUUCUCCCAAUGGAAACCCGCCCAUGAAGACCACGCAUUCAACGAUCAUGAAAAUCUCUCAGUUCCGCACACGAUUGACAGCCCCGAGGCACACGCCACGUCCAAUCGGCAAGUUCUGUGCGAUCGCUUGUCGACGACCAGUCGCGAUCUAAUCUUCGGGCUGGUUCUGGAGACGAGCCGAGAAGCCAAUCUGAGUCGCAUUAUGAAGUCCUUUCCCAGCACUGAAUUGCUCGACGGUCUCAUCCAGCAGUUCUUUGAUUUCCACUCUCACAGUGUCGGAUCAUUCAUCCACGCCCCCACCUUCCAACCAAACAGUGAACACGCUAGUGUUCUGGCUGCAGUGGCGGCGGCUGCCGCUGUUCGCUCACCAGUUCCCACUUUGCGUAAGCUUGGCUAUGCGUUGAUGGAAAUUGUUCGAUUCUACUUGGCCAUGAAGUUUGAGAAUGACAACAGUACCACGCGUGACUUGCGAGCGUCACAGAUUUUUGCAUUGAACCUAGAUAUAGGCAUGUGGAGCGGCAAUCGACGCAAAACCGAAAUUGCCGAGAGUUUCCUGCAACCACUGGUAACGAUGUUGCGGCGAGCGUUACGAUUCCGUCGUUCCCUUUACCCGAAGAUUAUUCCUCGUGAUGAUGAUACAGGCGACGAACUCGACCGUAAAUGGCGCACCUGGAUCGAGCAAGAAUCCUUCAAGCGGCUCGUUCACCAUCUUUUCCUUCACGAUGCUCAAAGCUCACUCACUUUGAACAUCAACCCCCUGAUCUCAUUUGCCGACUUGGAACUGCCGCUGCCAGAGGCUCGACCCCUUUGGGAAGCUAAGACAGCUGCGGAGUGGAAGGACCUCUUUCGUGUCAUCACCUCCGAGCGUAUCCCCUCGCUCGCUGAUCUUCUCCAGGACAUGUCCCGCUUAGCGCAGUUUCAAGACCACAUCGAUACUCCGCUGUCAGCUCUGGCUUUGCUUCAUGGACUCUCUGCGUUGAUCAAUGAAUAUCACCGUGCAAAGUUCAUUUCCACGAACAACUCUAAACAUUGGAGUGCGCUCAUCACUAAUUCCCGGCAGCAAGAGCUCGGUCAAGCGCUGCAGCACUUCCGCAUGACAUCUUCAGGGCUGAACACCCAGAGUCGAGCCGAGAUUUCCCUUGUGUGUGAGGUGGUGUCCAUGCUCCUUCACAUGUCCUUGGAGGAACUACAACUUUUCGCGGGCAAGGAAGAUAAGCACGAAGCGCGCCGAGUCUAUCACUCGGCGCUUGAAUGGAUCGCCAGUCCCGAUUCCCGACAAGCUGUCUGGCAUGCAGGCCAGACCUUACGAGCGGCACGAGGGAUAGCACCGGGACUUCUCACAGGAUUCAUGGCCACGAGUGUGUACUACGCCGGACUAGCCUUGUGGUCUUACGCGGUAGUCUCCCGAGCCAACAACGCUCGAUUGUCUGGAAGCCCCGAGUCGCCUGUCGCCAGCAACGCGGGCCCCAUUGUGCUUCUAGAUGCGGAGGACUCGAGCGACGUGACCAAAUUCAUCAUGCUCAACUGUGGCAUUCCGGCUAUAGAAGGACCCGGUGGACCUAUUGCGUUGACGGAUAUUGCGGGUACCAUGCAGAUGGUGCAGAGAGUUUUACGACCAGAUCCAUCUGAAAGGACUCUUCCUCUCGUGCAAUCUCUUGCCACUUUGAUCGGGGACCUGGGUCACUGUGUCUCCAGUAGUGGAUCAUGA